AUGAACUCGUCUCCCAGACUAGACUCUGAACCUCUAAAUGGAAACUCCGUUGCUUGUUCCUUGUUUCUUUUUGUGCUGGCAGAAAAGUCUACCAAGAAACGGCUCACACGGCACAAGAUAUACAGAGAGCAGAUGAACAUCACCGCCCUGGAGGCCCCACUGCAGCUCCGCCCCGAGGCCAGCUGGGUCCAGUUCCACCUGGGGAUCAGCCGCCACGGGCUCUACUCUCGGUCCAGUCCCGUCGUCAGCGCGCUUCUGCACGACAUGAGGCAUUUUCCCACCAUCAGUGCCGAUUACAGUCAAGACGAGAAAGCCUUGCUUGGGGCCUGUGACUGCACCCAGAUUGUGAAGCCCAGUGGGGUCCACCUCAAGCUCGUGCUGAGGCUCUCGGAUUUCGGGAAGGCCAUGUUCAAACCCAUGAGACAGCAGCGAGAGGAGGAGACGCCUGAGGACUUCUUCUACUUCAUCGACUUCCAGAGACACAACGCCGAGAUCGCAGCCUUCCAUCUGGACCGGAUUCUGGACUUUCGACGAGUGCCGCCAGCAGUGGGGAGGCUAGUGAACGUCACCAAGGAAGUCCUGGAGGUCACCAAGAAUGAAAUCCUGCAGAGCGUUUUCUUUGUCUCUCCAGCCAGCAACGUGUGCUUCUUCGCCAAGUGCCCGUACAUGUGCAAGACCGAGUAUGCUGUCUGUGGCAACCCUCACCUGCUGGAGGGCUCCCUCUCCGCCUUCCUGCCGUCCCUCAACCUGGCACCCAGGCUGUCUGUGCCCAACCCCUGGAUCCGUUCCUACUCGCUGGCAGGAAAAGAGGAGUGGGAGGUCAACCCCCUCUACUGCGACACGGUGAGGCAGAUCUACCCGUACAACGGCGGCAGCCGGCUUCUCAACGUCAUCGACAUGGCCAUCUUUGACUUCCUGAUAGGAAACAUGGACCGGCACCACUACGAGAUGUUCACCAAGUUUGGGGAUGAUGGGUUCCUCCUUCACCUGGACAACGCCAGGGGGUUCGGACGCCACUCCCACGACGAAAUCUCCAUCCUCUCGCCACUCGCCCAGUGCUGCAUGAGAAAUGAGGAUCCAACCUUCCAAGCCUCCCAGCUGCCAGGUUUAACCGUUGACCCACUCGGGUCAUCACCUACUUUGCGGAGCCUGUCGGUCUUUGACCUUACUAAUCAGACCUCUGCCCUGAGCAGCACUCAGCUGCAGUAUCGAGGGCUAAUCAUCAGUAGUGAGUCAACCAAGCCAAGCCGCUGCAGGUGGGUCCGGCGGAAGGCUCAGCAGAGCGUGCCUCUGCUUCGUCUAGUGCUCAGGGCCCUGGACCGGAGACUCCAGAUCGUCCUCGAGACAGUCCGGGCGUGCGUCGAGGCCCACGGAGAGCGGAGCGUUGUAGCCGAGGGCGCCGCGGAACAGUCGGCCCCAGACCCCGGCCCGGCCCACUUGGCACGCUAGGCGCUCGGGUCCCGUUUCCGAAGGCACGCAGGCAGCCAGCAGCGUGGACCCGGGAGUGCCGGAGGCCGGCGCGAGCUCGGGAGGAGGCGGGCGGGGUGUGCGACGGCCGGCGGGACCUGCCGCGCUUGGCCUCGGCCCGCCGGCGCACUGCUUCUGUAGUGAGCUGCCGUGGCCCCGUUUUUCCCAGAAGGCACUGGCUCCGUCAAGGCCACAGACCGUCUUACCUGGCUGAGCACACUGGAAACCUGGAUAUGGGUCGGGCUUGGAAGCCGUGCUCCCAGGGGAAAGUCGGAACUGUGCCGAGUCCAAUGGGAGGACAUCAAGUGGACGCCUGACUGUCCUCCAGGUUUGUGUUAGAUCUACAAGCAAAGGCCAAUUCCUGCGCCAGAUACAGCACCUGGCAACUCACAAGGGGACGCAACACAUGCAGAUGUAACUAACUCUCCAACUGGUUCAAACUGGACUUCACACUUUCCAUUUAGUCUAGUCACUGGCCUCACCCAAA